AUUUUCUCUUCCAACACAACUAAACUCAGCUUGUGGAUACCACACAUCACAUCAACACCAAAAAAAAAAUAAAAACAAACUUCAUUUUUAUUCACAAGGAUCAUUUGUUUGUUUGGUGGUGAAUUGAAUUCCUUUCUAUCCACACAAGUCUUACAGAAAUCAUGUCAGCUAUGGUUGCAGGUACCUCUUCUUCAUUCUCUGCCACCUUCACAACCACCAGGAGUAGUAAAAACUCUCAUCUCACACCUUCCAAGACACUCACUUCUCUUCCAUGCCAGAAAACAUCUUUGCUAGGACUCUCACUUCAUGAGGCCAAAAGGGGUGUUUCAGUAUCCUUCUUAGGUGACAACAAAAAUGGUACUUACUCCAUUUCAAGAAGGAGAUUUGAGAUCAAUGCAAGAACUGCUGGAGCUUCAAAGACAAUUGAAGUUGAAGUUGACAAGCCACUUGGCCUCACUUUAGGCCAAAAGAAUGGUGGUGGUGUUGUCAUAACAGCUGUUGAAGGUGGGGGGAAUGCAGCAAGAGCAGGGUUAAAGUCAGGGGAUCAAGUCCUUUAUACUAGCAGUUUCUUUGGAGAUGAAUUAUGGCCAGCAGAUAAGCUUGGAUUCACUAAAACUGCAAUCCAAGCAAAGCCUGACUCUGUCUACUUUGUUGUUAGCAGAGGUGCUGAUGUAGAUGUUAAAAGGCUCCCAAAGCGUCCUGCUCCUCCUCGCUUUGGUCGAAAAUUGACCGAGACUCAAAAGGCUAGAGCUACUCACAUUUGUCUUGACUGUGGAUACAUAUACUUUUUACCUAAAUCUUUUGAUGACCAGCCGGAGACAUAUAGUUGUCCUCAAUGUCAAGCACCAAAGAAGAGGUUUGCUCCAUAUGAUGUUAACACUGGAAGAGCUAUUGGUGGUGGUGGCUUGCCUCCUAUUGGUGUUAUUAUUGGACUUGUCGCUGGUUUAGGUGCUGUUGGAGCUUUGCUUGUUUUUGGUCUUCAGUGAUAUUUUAUUAAUUAAUAACUAUUAUGUAUACACAUAUAGUUUUUAUUGAAUUUUUGUACUCCAAAGUUUUCUCAAUCUUGUGUGGAGCUUGUAUAUCAUAAACUCCUUUAUUGUAUAUGUGAAAAAUGAAGCUUAAUGUAUGAGAUUGAACAUGUGCUUAAAAAUAAAUUUCAAACUAUUAGCAAUUUGCAUAGCUA